UUAGCAAUGAACAUAUCAGUAAACGGACAGUCACAAGUGCCUCCUGGCUUUAGGUUUCACCCAACCGAGGAAGAGCUCUUGCAGUAUUACCUCCGCAAGAAAAUCUCUAACAUCAAGAUCGAUCUCGAUGUCAUUCGUGACGUUGAUCUCAACAAGCUCGAGCCUUGGGAUAUUCAAGAGAAGUGUAAGAUAGGAACAACGCCGCAAAACGAUUGGUACUUCUUUAGCCAUAAGGACAAGAAGUAUCCCACGGGGACUAGAACCAACCGAGCCACCACGGUCGGGUUUUGGAAAGCUACAGGACGUGACAAGAUCAUAUAUUCCAAUGGUGACAGGAUCGGGAUGCGAAAGACGCUUGUCUUUUACAAAGGUCGAGCCCCUCAUGGUCAGAAAUCCGACUGGAUCAUGCACGAAUAUAGACUCGACGAUGGUAGUGUAUUAAUCUCCUCGAAUCACGACGAUGAUGUCACCGUCGAAACAUGUGAGGCCAUAGGAGGGGACGAAGGAUGGGUGGUGUGUCGUGUUUUCAAGAAGAAGAAUCUUUGCAAAACCACUAUUAACAGCCCCGCGAGACCGGUGAAAACGUCGCCGUUCAACGAGGAGACUAUCGAGCAACUUCUUGAAGUCAUGGAGCAAUCUUGUAAAGAAGAGAUAGGUUUAGACCCUUUUUUGAAACUCCCCAACCUCGAAAACAACUGUUACGUCAGCAAAGUUAUGGAUCCGAGCUUCGUCACUAGCUGGGCCGCUUUGGACCGGCUCGUUGCCUCGCAGCUAAAUGGGCCCAACUCGUAUCUGAUCCCACCUGUUUGUGAGUCUCCGGAAUCACCGUUCCAUGAACUGAACCGGUCCGGUUAUUAUACCGGGUUAACGCCGGAUAAUUAUAUACCGGACAUGGAUUUAUGGAAUGAUGCAGAUUUCGGGAGAACGACUACGUCAUCGUCGAACCCAUCGUGUCACGUGUUGAACCUCGGUUGAUAACAGAAAUAAUGGAAGUGUCAUAUACCAAAACUUUGUGUAAAGAUAUAAUAAUCAUCAUACCAUAUCAUACCAUAUAGUUGUUAAAAGUUGAAACAUUUACGAUGAGAAAAAGGUCAGGUUGUGAUAAUUACAGUAGUUAUGUGAAAUCAUUACAGAAAAAGAAGUUCUCUAUGUCUGUCGUUGUACACUAAACAUCAUAAUGA